AUGGGUCGACACUUGUCCAGCUCCGCAAGGUUGGGGCUCCCUCCGCAGAAUGAAACGCAAAAACUGACAGCGAGUUCCUCGACUGACAUGGGCAGUACAUCGGUGAACGAAGCGGUGUUCGGGCUAAAGAUGAGGGUGUUUCCGCGCGUAAAUUCUUGUUGA